AUGGGCGUCCUCGCUAUCAUCCUCGCUGCCUGCAUCACGCUGGUUGUGCUCUUUGAACCUAUCUACGCUGUCGUCAUCCCAGGUCCAGACGAUGCGCAUGCUUACAAGGUCGCGGUGGCCAACUUCCCACUGACUAACAUCGCACAUCAAGAUCCACAUGACCCACAGCUCAACCGCAAGCUCGAAGUCAGCCUGUUCCUUCCGGUGAAGAAGACGGAUUGUACUGGCGAGCAUGUCAAGCUGUAUAUGCCGCCUGGCGUCGCGCACGCGUCUGAUGUGCAAUUCUUCGGCAACAAGAGCACUGGUGUCUUCGCGAAGAUGGAGUACAAGGUCUGCAGUGGUAGCCGUCAGACCAUCGACGCCUCCAAGCACCCCAUUGUAUUCCUGGAACCUCAAGUCGGCACUAGUAGAUUUCUGUACAGCACACUAGCUCGUUUCAUGAGCGCAAACGGUAUGGCUGUCGCUCUUAUCGACCACUCACACGAGUCCACUAUCAGCCUGGAUGAGGCAGUCGACGGUGAGGCUCCCAGAAACGACUCAGUCGGCUUGAAUCCCUUUACAGAACUCACGGCUUGGAACGAGACCGUGACCAAGACCAUCGAUACGCGCAUUGAAGACAUCAACGCCGUGUUGCAAGGACUCAGCGACGUUUCCUUCUUGCAGCGCCAGUUCCCCUCCCUCAAAUUGAACGCCACCUUCGACACAAGCUCUUACACUGUGGUCGGGCACGGUAUCGGUGGUACAACAGCCACCACACUUAGCAUGCUUGACCCACGUGUCCGCUUCUCGAUCAACCUCUCAGGCAGUGCACCGCUCCUGCAGCAUCCCACCUCAGCCGACAUCUACUUCUUCGGACGCUCAGACUUCCGCCGCGAGAACGACAUCCACUGGUCUGCUACGUGGAAGAAUCUUGGUGGCAAGGCAACAGAGUGGGAUCUUAAGGAUGCUGGCUUGUUCGACUUCUCAGACCUACCAUGGGUUGUUGAUCUGGCGCGCAAGGAUGAGAAGAUGACCAUCAAGGAGGUGAAGGGACUGCAUGGCUCUCUGGGUCCUUUCGGAUUCCAUGGCACGGCAUGCUUUUUGGAGGCGUAUCUGAAGGCUGAAUUGGUAGUACCAAAGGAUUUUGGUGCAAUCGGAGACUGCGUACGCAUGUUCGAUCAGAUGGUACCCUACUCAGGUCCUGUUAAGGCUGUGAUUUGA